AUGGCCCAUCGAUCCAGACUCGCCCCAUCACCCGCCCAUGAUCUCCUCAUCAUCGUGCGCUUCUCCGCAUCCAUCGCCGACCUCAACCUCGACGUUCCUAAUGCAGAGACCACGACCGGCGCCGGCCUCAAACAGCUCAUCCGCGCCAAACUCCCACUCAACCUCAUCAAUCAUAGACUACGCCUCAUCUAUGCUGGUCCUGGACACCUCGCCCGGUCGAGGAAGACGAGGAGGAGGAGGAGGAGGAGGAAGGAGGAGGAGGACGAUGGCGAAGACGAAGCUGUCGAAGAAGAUGGAGACGAGUCGUCCUCAGUGAGACAAAGUCUUCUGAAAAGCAAGAAGAAAGGCAAACAGCCUGUCCGGGACACUCGACCCCGUCUCUAUAUCCACUGUUCAAUCGGUGAUGUCGCCUUAUCCGAGUCCGAUCUCGCCGCCGAAGCAGCCGUGGCGUCAACCUAUCUCCUUCAAAAGAGGAAAGAUGAAUCACGCUCCGCCUUACUCUCCACGUCACCAGAUCAAUCACCGUCAGCGCAGGAAUCGACAACCACACCGGCCCCUCGCGGCUUCGACCGUCUACUCGCAGCGGGCUUUACUCCCGCAGAAGUCACCGCUCUGCGCUCUCAAUUCCUCCGCCGGGACGAGCUCCGGGACCUCGAGGAUCGAUGGAUGGACGAGGGCUCGACGGUGGCGCAGGCUCAAGCGGGCGGACAAGUGGGGGCAGGAGGGAGUGGUGGUGACGAUGAUGGUGGGUUUGGGCCUGGCUCACCGACCGUGAUCGACGAUAUGCUCUGGGGUGCGGUCAUGGGAUUCUUUUGGCCGAUAGGGUGUGUUUUAUGGCUUAGGAGGGAAGACGGGGUUUGGAGCUGGAGAAAAGGUAUGGCGGUCUUUGCGGGACUGGUUGUCAAUGGGGUGUUUGGAGGGUUCAGGAUCACGCACUGA